AGAAGUACGAAAAAUACUCAAAAGAAUAAUGAUGAUAAUGAUAAUCACCAUAUGUUUGCAGUUUUUAAAAACGAAUGUAAUGCCAAUCAAGUAAUGGAAUUUUUAACGAUAUGGAAUCAAAAACAAUUUGGAUAUUUGCCAUUGUUUAUUCAGCAAUCCAGCAUUUUGUAUCCUGUUCAGCACCAUUAAAACGACCACGGGCUGGUGAUCCUUUUGAUACAUUUCCGAAAAACUUUUGGCAAGAAUUUUCGUCACCUUUUACAGACACACCAGAGGAUGAAGAACUAGAAAUAACGGAGACUACUACACAUGAACCCUUCCCCUUUUUUGCCGAUCCAUUUACGACGGUUAAUGUAAGCACACAACUGGGAGCAAAUGUUUACCUGCACUGUCGCGUCAACGAUUUGCAAGGCAAAACAGUAUCAUGGAUGCGUCGAAAAGGCGACGAACUGGCACUUAUUACAUUUGGUCGUCAUACAUACAGCGGUGAUUCCAGAUACUCGUUAGAGUUUGAAGAACCAAACGAUUGGAAACUUUUAAUCCAAUACGCCAACGAACGUGACGAGGGUCCUUAUGAGUGUCAAGUUUCAUCACAUCCGCCUUUAGUGUUGUUAGUCUACUUAACUGUAAUUGUUCCUCAUGUGGAAAUACUUGAUGAACGUGGUUCAACCACACCGGAGAAAUAUUAUAAGGCUGGCAGUACCAUUGAACUACAAUGCGUCAUAUCGAAAAUUCCUCAACCGUCAUCAUAUAUAACUUGGCGACACAAUACGCGCUUACUAAACUAUGACACUAGUCGCGGUGGCAUUAGUGUGAAAACCGAUAUGCUACCAGGACGUGCUUUUAGUCGUCUUUAUAUAGCCAAUGCGAAUCGUCAUGAUACUGGAAACUAUUCAUGUAUACUUGGCAAUGAUAUCACUGGAACAGUUAUGGUACAUGUUCUAAAUGGUGAAGAACCAGCUGCCAUGCAGCAUGCAUCAGGUUCAAUGGUGAACCCAAUACUCUCGGUUGUGUUAUUUGUAGUAUUUGUUGUAGUUGUAUGUCAACGAUGA